AUAUGAACCCUUCAAGUAUUCCAAUAGUCAAACACCAAAAUUCAGAUUAAAAUCUAAACAGCGCCCUAAACCUGAAUUAUUUUAAUAUAAAAAGAUAAAUUAGGAAACCAAAACCAUAAAUUAGUGUCAACAACAGUUUUCCAAGUAAAUAAAAAAAAAUUACCCAAAAUAACAAAAAGAAAAACAAAAUAAGGGUUCGUCAGCAUUUUAAAGCAAAGACAAGAACAAAUGAAACCGUCUAAAAUAUCAACACGUUCCAAAGUUUCUUCAUCAAACAAAACCGUCACAUGCCGUUGAUCAAAGCUACCGAAAACCUGUCCAAUCUCGUCAUUUGGAAACAAAAUCAAGGAUAUUUUCGUCAUUUAGUUUCGAUUUUUUUUCCCGCAGACGAUAUGAUCCGCCGAUGCCCCUCCCUUACCCCAAACAACUCCAGCUUUUAUAAUCACGAAAACCAGUGGGCUUUCCCCUAGCAUUCCGCUAUCCUACACCGCAAUGCGCACCGCUCCUCUUCUCCUCUACGUGUCGUUACCGCUUUCCUUCUCAUUUUUACGUGUGCUUGCUUUCGUUACAUAAGGAGUACUUGUACGGUAUGAGCGAGUAGUUUUGGGGGAGAGAGCUUGACAAGUUCGGGACGGGAAGAAGAGUGAAAGAGAGAGUGAUCUCGUGAGGCCCGUGUGAAAAUGCCUCACCGAACAACUUACUUCUUCCCUAGGCAAUUUCCCAAUCGUGGGUUCGAUGCAUCUUCCAAGCAACUAUUGGAUCACGAGAAAAAAAUCGCCAAGGAAAUAUCAGCUACAGCAACAGCGGAGGGAACCACAGCAACAACAAGCGCCUCCAACGUUACUGCUGGAAAUGACCGCAGGAAGUCAAUAUCAAGGACAGCUCCAAAAGACUUUACGAACCCAGCUGCUAAGACUAACAACAGCAACAACUCUCCCCUAUCGAAUCUUUUUACUGACGAAAAGCUUCAUACCAAAAGGCAACAGCUCGCCGCUUUCCGCGAUUGGUUUAUCGAGAAAAAAUCUACUACUAACAGAUCAAGUCACGUGAAACUGCCCUCUCGACAUCUUUCUUCCAGUACUGAUCAUGAUGAAGAUCGCGAGUUGUUAUUACCUCCGGAACCUGCUCCGCCGCAGACACCGACGCCCCUUCCUCCUCCGGAAACCACCACCGUCAUUAAUGACCGUAUCGUUGACCGCAGCUUUGAGCUCGACGUGUCACUGCCGAGGUUCUCAAGUGGUAAUAUUUAUGCAGUGAGUUUGCUUCACGGAACGACAUUGGAUGGCAACUUGUCGAGUGAUGUUAAAGAUACAUGGAACAAGGAGUCGUCGUCGACGCCUGUGCCGGGGACAGGGGAAGUCGAGGAACUGAAGGCAGAAGAGAGUAAAGAUAGGUUCUCGUUCAUCGAGUCAAGGGAGAGUUAUAAUUUACAGGUUAUGCUGGCUAGAAGACUUACUUCUCAAGCAAGUCUCCUCAGUGAACACUUGCUUUUACAAGCGUAUUGUGGACCAGAUGUCGCCGAUGCAGAAACUGUUUCUUAUCGUCUAUGGGUUAGUGGGUGUUUAUCAUAUAGUGAUAAGAUCUCAGAUGGUUUCUAUAAUAUUCUUGGGAUGAAUCCAUAUCUAUGGGUAAUGUGUAAUGAGUUUGAAGAAGGAAGACGCUUACCAACUUUGAUGUCUCUUAAAGAAAUUGAACCCAGCGAGACAUCUAUGGAGGUUGUUCUUGUUGAUAGACGCGGCGAUAUGCGCCUCAAAGAGCUUGAAGAUAAAGCACAGGAGUUAUAUUGUGCUUCAGAAAAUACCUUAGUUUUGGUCGAGAAGCUUGGAAAGCUUGUUGCUAUUUACAUGGGGGGAACUUUUCCAGUGGAGCAAGGGGAUCUUCACAAACGCUGGAAAUUGGUCGUUAGGAGGUUGAGGGAUUUUCAGAAGUGCAUUGUGCUUCCCAUUGGCAGUCUAACCAUGGGACUUUGCAGGCAUCGUGCAAUUCUGUUUAAGAAAUUGGCGGACUAUAUAGGCUUGCCAUGUAGGAUUGCUCGAGGAUGCAAGUAUUGUGCAGCAGAUCAUCGUUCUUCUUGCCUCGUCAAAAUUGAAGAUGACCGGCAGUCAUCAAGGGAAUAUGUAGUUGAUCUAGUCGGGGAGCCAGGAAAUAUCCAUGGUCCUGAUUCCUCUAUCAAUGGAGGAUUCCUUUCUUCAAUGCCUUCAGCAUUCCAAAUUUCUCAUCUAAAAGAAUUUCAACAACCUUAUAUGGAUAAUGCAUCAUAUUGUCAGAUUGUAGACUCACAGAAUUCAUGUUCUUUUUUUGAGAAUUCUCUACAUUCUGGUGGCACCGAGAAAUCUCAACAGAUGAAGGACAAUGGCUUGCUUGAAAAUCAAAAGACAUUAGCUUAUGCACCAAUCAAUCAAGAUUCAUUUGGAGAGGAAUCAUCUUUGAUGCCUUUUGAAACUGCAACUGGAGAAACAAUGCAUAAAAAUUCCAGACUCCGGGGAGACAAAGUCGCUAUAGAGCAAACUCUUAGAAAAGAGAUUGUUGUAUCUGGAUGCUCAGUGGUAAAAAGUGUGAAGCAAUUGAAAGUUAACUUGCCUAGUCAGUCAGAUCUGGAGGAGAUAGGGGCUGAACUUGAUACUCACAGCAGAUUCUUUGCUAUAACCAUCCCAAGAUAUCUAAAUCUUGAACCUUCUCUUGCAAUGGAUUGGCUUGAGAUCUCAUGGGAUGAAUUGCAUGUUAAGGAGCGCGUUGGUGCUGGCUCAUUUGGAACAGUUCAUCGUGCUGAGUGGCAUGGAUCGGAUGUUGCAGUCAAAGUAUUGACUAUUCAAGAUUUUCAUGAUGAUCAGUUGAAGGAGUUUUUAAGAGAGGUUGCUAUAAUGAAACGUGUUCGACAUCCAAACGUGGUCCUCUUCAUGGGUGCUGUUACAAAGCAACCUAAUCUGUCAAUUGUGACAGAGUAUCUACCAAGGGGUAGUUUAUACCGCCUCAUCCAUAGGCCAGCUGCUGAGGAAACACUUGAUCAAAGGAGGCGAUUACGCAUGGCAUUGGAUGUGGCCAAAGGGAUCAACUAUCUUCAUUGCCUUAAUCCUUCCAUAGUUCACUGGGACCUUAAAUCACCCAAUCUGUUGGUUGAUAAGAAUUGGACAAUUAAGGUGUGUGAUUUUGGAUUGUCCAGAUUCAAAGCAGACACUUUUAUAUCAUCAAAAUCUGUUGCGGGAACACCUGAGUGGAUGGCUCCGGAAUUCCUCCGUGGAGAACCUUCAAAUGAGAAAUCUGAUGUUUACAGUUUUGGAGUAAUCCUGUGGGAGCUUGUGACCAUGCAACAACCUUGGAGUGGACUCAGUCCUGCCCAGGUGGUUGGUGCUGUAGCUUACCAGAACAGAAGGCUCGCCAUUCCUCCUAAUACCUCCCCAAAGUUGGCUUCCCUUAUGGAAUCAUGUUGGGCUGACAAUCCCGCUGAACGGCCAUCUUUUGCUAACAUAGUAGAAGCGCUAAAGAACUUGGUCAAGUCUCCAUUGCAGUUGAUGCAGAUGGGAAAGCAGUAAUGAUGUCCAUCAGCUGAAGCCAUUCGUAAUUGUGAAAUAGUUUGAAUAACCUGAGCUGAUUUUGAAGAUUGAAUUAACUAUAGCAGCUUGGCUGCGUAACCUUAUUCCACCAACAGAAAAUGGCUCUAGGCAGCUGUAGAUGUUAUCUGACCAAUUCGGAAGGCAGUUAAUCCCGUUAAAAAUCGAGGCCAAAA